AUGGAGGAGUCUUUGCUAUCAGGUAGGCUUCUACAGUUCACUAUAUCAUCAAUGUCUUCUUCUACAAAUUCUGUAUAUUCUUAUUAUUGUUUCUCUUCGCAGCUACUCUACGGGUCGGCCGCUGCUCUUUCUGAUCGCUACCCUCCUUCUCUCCAUGCCCCUUUGCUUAGCUCUCCCGAGCCCGAACCUAAUGAGCAAGCUAUUGUCUAUCAGGGUGGAUAUUAUGGAGAAUUAAGCGGGACCACUGGUGAUGUUCGCAGGCAGAUAUUGGAUGAAGUAGAGAUCCGUGAACUACUCAUUGACCAUGUUGGUCAUCGUUGCUGUUGGGGAAGUCGUCCAGCUCGGACCUGGCAGAUCCAUGCAGUAGAAGACUGCAAUGUUUACAUUGGGACUCUUGAAACUUUUAUAGAAGAGAGGGAAACAGUAAUAGAAACUGAACCAUACCUUGGUGGCAGUAUCGAUGGAAAGGAUAAGGGGCCUGAACUUGGAAUCUGGGAAUUGGAUUUGAGGUCUGAAUUUCCUGUCCUAUUUGUAGCUCAUAAAGAAUCACGGGCCAAGAUUCCUCGUUCUGAAGCUAUUGAAAAAUGCUCAGUUUGUGCAGGACAAGGAAAUCGAAUGUGUCCUACUUGCAAUGCAGAUCAAGAGCCUGGAUUCUACAAGGAAAACCAGAUGGCUCAAUGUCCUGCUUGCUAUGGAAGGGGUCUAAUUGCUCACAGGGAUGGAUCUGACACAAUAUGUGUGAAAUGUACUGGUAAGGGAAAGAUUCCUUGUGCAACUUGCGGAUCUUGUGGACUAAUCAAAUGUGAGACAUGUCAAGGUGGUGGUUCUCUACUAACGCGCAAGGGAGUUGUUGUUAGAUGGAAGACACUUUCUACUAGAAAAGUAAGUGCAACAAGUGGAGCAGCCUCUGUUCCAGAUGAUGUGUUCCACAGAGCCAAAGGGGUCCAGUUGUGCAACACUCAGGCAUAUCAGUGCGCUCCUGCCUUUUUUGCUGAUUCGUUCUUCCUCAACAAGUUCUCUUCUGAAGUAAUUGCAGAAAGGGCUCCUGUACCUCCCACUGCAAGGGUCAUAUGCGAGAGGCAUACCAUAUCUGUCGUCCCAAUGACUCGUGUUACAAUGACUCAUCGUGGGCAGUCUUUCAGCUUCUAUAUUAUUGGUUUCAGCAGAGAGGUCUACUUGAAGGACUACUAUCCUUCUAGGUUUUGCUGGGGGCUAUGCCCAUGUUUGGAUUGGUUGAGGUUAUGA